GCCUUUCAUCGUGUUGGUGAGGCAUGGCUGACAGGAGCCUUUCCCGGCUGGAAUCCGAUUUAAUUUCUCACGAAGUAACGUUUGCGACAGAGUAGAGUAGACUGUAGAAGAAUUGGAAAUAUGGCAAAUUAAAUAUAGGUAUAUAUGGUUUACAGUGAAGGUAACUACUUAGCUUGCUCAGUAGAGCAAAUUCACAACACCUUUUCCUUCAUAUCGCUAUGUUCGCUAGUUCGACAUCGAAGGGGCUCAAACCAGAGGAAAGUUCGAGUAGAAGCAUGAGCAACUUUUUGAUUCGGCGAAAUUUUACCUCCACCACAAGAGCCGAGAGAAGUGUAUUUUCGUUGCCCAGUGAAGAUGAAGAGGAUAUUCAGUUUGACACCUCAGACAGCAGCAGUAACUGUGAGGCUCUCAUAGCGGGGAAGCAGUAUCCAUCCAUCCAGGAGUUUGCGUCUGCCAUCCCCAACCACCUGCUGCUCGGCUCGUUGCUGGAGCACCUCUGCUUCGUCUACGAGAGGGACCCCUCUCGCUCACACAUGCUGUUCAAAGUCAUUGGUCAGCGCCUCGCAGCAAUGAACCUUCUCUCCCCAUUGGCUAUCAGUGACGAGUUCAGCACGGUCAGACUCCAACAUAACCGAGCCUUCACAGAGCUCCUCCACGCUGCCAGUAACUCCCUAUUCCCUCAGGGUCAAAGAUGCCUUAACACAGACAUCCAGAGCCUUACGCUGAGACCAAAAGAGGGCCUCUUCCAGGCACAGAGCUCACGCUACCUCAGCGAGUUUGAGGAGAUCUCUCAACUUGGAAGGGGAUCAUAUGGCAAAGUCUUUAAAGUGACAAACAAGCUUGAUGGCCAGAAUUAUGCUGUUAAGAAAAUCCUGAUAAAGAAUGUUUCAAGGGAGGACUGUAUGAAGGUCCUGAGGGAGGUGAAAUUGCUUUCCAGUCUUCAGCAUCCCCAUGUGGUGGGCUACCACACAGCCUGGAUGGAGCACGUCCAGCCCAACAGAGCCACCAAGCUCAAAUCAGUCCUCCCAGCACUGGAGUCCCCUGCACUACUAGAGAGGACUGAGGACAGUUCUGCUAGCAGCAACGGCUCCUCCAUCGUCUUCGAGAGCUCCAACUGCUCCAGGGACCGAGCAGCGUCUAAACCCCCGACCAAGCAGGGAGAGACCAGCCAGGCAGUGUGCCCCAAAACCAUGCAGCUCGUCCCAGACAACUACGUUCCCUGUGUGUUCCUGGGGAGGGGGGGCCAGGGUGUGGGGCCCCCGCUGAAGGAGCCGUGUCCGGCCGUGAGCUGGGACGGCUCGGGGGUCUCAGAGGACGACUCCAACGGGCUGGAGGUGAACAACAACUCCUGCACUGACAAGGACAGCCAGAAGUGGACAGAUAAACACUCGUCCAUGGAGGUGCAGUUCCACCUGAUGCUGUACAUUCAGAUGCAGCUGUGUGAGCUCUCCCUCAAAGACUGGAUCUCUGAGAGGAACACCAGACGCAGCUCUGCAGAUCCGUACGGCUGUGUGGACACAGUGAAGACUCUUAGCAUCCUGAAGAGAGUCCUUGAAGGUGUGGAGUACCUUCACUCCAGGGGGAUCAUGCACAGAGACCUGAAGCCUAGAAAUAUCUUCCUACAUGGACAUGACUUCAAUGUGAAGAUAGGAGACUUUGGUCUGGCCUGCCGGGAUAUCAUUAUGGACAACCGUGAGCCACUUCCGUCCACCUCAAACAACACUGAUUCCUCACACACCACAGGAGUGGGGACGUUUGUGUACGCUGCACCUGAGCAACGGGAAGGUUCUCAUUAUGACUCAAAGUCGGACAUGUACAGUGUAGGGGUGGUGGCCCUGGAGCUGUUUCAGCCAUUUGGAACUGAGAUGGAGAGGGUGCGGACCCUCGAGGACCUCCGUGAGGGCAACGUCCCCGAAUCCUUCUGCCAGCGCUGGCCCGUGCUUGCUAAGUACGUCAGGCAGCUCACCAAACGAGAUCCCUCCCUCCGUCCCAGCUCCACCCAGCUGUUGCAGAGUGAGCUUUUCGGCAACAAAGACAUGGUGAUCCAUGGUUUACAGAGAAGGGUUGAGGAGCAGGAGGCAGAGAUUGUCCAGCUCAGAAGACAGAUCAGUCAGCUGCAGGGCACUCACCCUUCCUCCUCCAACUCAGACCAGACGUGACCAUAUCUCUUUAAACUCUCCAACCUAUUUUACCCAACUGUACCUUAACAUAUGGGCAUGCCUGGGAAAUGUAAAUGGCCAAAUGUGUGUGAGGUCUACAAGAUGUUACAAGGCCACUGUACAUUAAAGAUUAAUUUAUCAGCGUA